AUGCGGUCCACACGGUACUCUACCUCUCGACAGAAGGCUUGCCAGCGGUGCGCGAGCUCCAAGAUCAAAUGCGACCGGAAAGCAGGGACAUGUUCCCGGUGCCGGGAGCGGGGCGUCGCCUGCGUUUAUCUCCAGAGUCAGGCAUCUGCUCCGUCUGGACCGGAUGCCACCGGCUUGUGCGACAGAGCGAGAGCGGGACUCGGGGUAUCUCGCAAUCUUACCGUCGGAUCCAAGGGCGCCAGUACUCAUCCUCGAGGAGCCCAACAAGAAGUUGCCUUGGGUAGUAGACCAGGCUUAACAGAGACCAUUCUGUCCUUCCGAGUCCCUACUCCCGAGCGACCGGAAACGGCGGAGAUAGGUCUUAUUCCUUCACGACAACAACAUGGAGCAUCAACCACCGGCAGCAACAUCCCUGCAAGAUCCGCGUCACAUCCAACCGACGGGCUGGACUUUUCCCACCUAGAGCUUGUGUGCCCCAUUAAUGCCGAUGACAUUGCCAACCGAUGGCUGCACAACUUUGUCCCCGUGCCCGGCCAAGUAACCAAGGACUACACCCCUCGUGUGUCGGCCUUCAUCCACAGGAUGUUAAAAUCUUAUGCCAACUCUUCAAUCCGGGGCCGCAGAGUUCCGCCUUUUGUCCAUUGGUCUCAACUGCAUCUGGACUCGAGCACUCCGCUCUCGGCCUGUCUCGCUUCCAUACGCGUAUGCGACGACCUAGAAUAUCGAGACGGCAAGGUCUCGGCUGAAAGGCUACAGAGAGAGAUGGCGACGCUCUUCGCUCGACGCGAAACUGAGGAUGACAUGGCUCUUCUCGCAACGUUCCAGGCACAUCUCGUUUACUCCCUGGUUACCUUCUUCCGACUGGAACGAGAAGCCUGCUCUCUACUCCCUCAAAUCAUGAUGAACACGCAGGAACUCGCCUGCGCAGCCGCCAGGAAAGGGCUCGCCUGCGUGGCCGAGCAAGACGGUGCGCGUCCCACGUGGGAGUCGUGGAUAGCAGCCGAGGCCAAGCGAAGGACUCUUUUCACCAUGUGUCUCCUCGACAGCGCCCUGCUUACCCACGACGGGCUUCCGACGCAUCUCGCCACCGAGUUGCGGGGAUUACCUGCGCCGGCGAGUAAGUCUCUGUGGGAAUCGCGCAGCCGACUCGACUGGCAGGUCGUGUACGACGCCCACUUGGCAGAGUGGCCAGAGGGAGGUCUGCGCAUCGACGAGCUGUGGCCUAUGCCUGAAGACUUGAGCGAGAGCGAGGUCAACAAGAGGCGUAGUCGAGUUGAUGCGUGGCUGGAGGACCUUGACGAGUUUGGGACCAUGAUCUACGCUGUCACGAGUGGGACGCAUGGCACAUGAACAUCGACCUGAGAAUCUCAACGGUCUUAACAUCUUGGUGCUGAUCAUACCCCAUGAUGGGUUUGCCUGGCCUUUCAUGUGGGACAUUUUCGGUCUGUAUCUCAACCUUACAGCGUCUGACAUCGAAACACGACGAUGGUCUCCUCGAUUUUUUUUUAUUUUGUUUAACUAGAUCUUGGUUGGAAAACUCUUUGAUACGACGGGAACCGGCAUCUAAAAACACAUUCUUCUCACCAACGGCUCCGGGAGAAGGCUACGCCAGCGACUGGGUUCGAGCUGCUCACAGGUAAAGAUGGCCUCCUUAGUCUUCGUCAAAGAAAGCCAACCGAGCCAUUCCCUGCUCCGUCUGAGGAAGUCGAUAGCCACUUCACUUCACCACCCCUCAACCCUCUGGAUUGCUGCAUCGGUGCGUGGGUCGGCAGUCUUCAACUCCCCGCUGAGCUUCAAAUGCC